ACAAAGAAAUUAAUCUAGCUGCCCUUGCUUAAUUUGUGUUUGUUUUGUUUUGAUUUGAAAAUAUGUAUGGUUUCAAAUAAUUAUUAUUUAUAAAUGUAAUUUUAAAAUAAUCUUCUUUAGGUUUCAAGUUCAAGUAGCAAGCUCAACAAACUACAAAUUAAUUACGUACGUAAUGCCAUCUGUUUCUAAAAUGAUUAACAACGUACAAUGGUAUAGUAUAAGUAUAUAUUACAUUUUUUCCGUUAAAAUAUCUUAAAUAUGUUUGACUUUAUAGUACCGUAUGGAAUUAUUUUUUUAAGUAAAUUAAUCACUUCAAGUAUAAGGCUGCUGUUAUAAGUUGCUGCGGAUCUGGAAACCCCAGUCCUUGAUAAUAUGAAGUAGGCUAUCAAGUCACUAUAGAACUUUUAUAACACAGUUGCUUUACUUGGUACCUAACUAGAAUUUAUGCAAACUCGAUCUCGUGUCAAACUAUACUGUGCAGUAAAAAAAUAGAACAAUUCCAAUUAUUCAUUUAUUGGCAGAGCUCUUGAAAACCUCAAGAACCUUUCCUUACCUUUCCUCAAGAACCUUUACAAGAAGAGUGACCACUAGAGCCUAUACAGCUUCAGGCAAUAUUCAUGACUCCAAUAUUUGAAACAGUAUGGUUAAAUUGGUCAUCCAACCCAAACUUUAAAAGUUUUUUGAGAGAAAGAACCUUUUUUUAAGUAUGCAGUUUGGUUUUCGUAGAGGGAGGUCAUUAAUUCAUUGAUGCAUUGAAUCGCAAUGGCUGAGAAAAUUGAUUCAGUGUUUGAUGACAAAUUUGCUCAUUUUCACAAUAAAUUCUUGAGUAUUGUGGACAUGGUUUUUCCUGUUACGGUAGCAGCGUGAUGUUUAAUUGAAUUCAAAUUAGCUUACUAUCAUGAAUAUGGAUACUUUCCUGCGCAGAAACAACGAACUAUUAGAAAUAGUUGAUUGCUACGUACGUUCUGCUGACAGUAAAAAUAACAAGAAUAGACUUUUGUUAUGCAUGAGCCAGAUACAGAAGAUAUUGAAAUUACUAAUUGAAGUAACGCAAAUAAAGGAGCCAAAUCUGUUUGGUAUAAAGGAGAUAACCAACUACCUGGGUAAGCGGCUGGAAUGGUGUGUUGAGGAGUGCGAGCGAGUUCUCGGCAAAAACAAAGAGACUGUUAGUAACGAUGACUGCUACGGCAGAUUUGUGAAGCGUGUGGAUAGGGCUUUGCUGUUGAUCUCUGAAGGCCUCAACUGCAGUACUCAGUCCGACAUCACCAAGUGGAAACCUGUUGUCGACGACAUCAUUUGUCAAUCACUCACAAUCGCUGCUAUGGCUGCACCAAUCGACUCUGAAGAAAUAACGGCUAGCUGUCAAAAGGUUCUUGGUGAAUGCAAGCGUCUUGAAGAGGAGUGCAAAGAGUCAGUGACAUCAUUGCAGAGCAAUUUCUUGGCUGAUUGGAUUCUGCAAUUGGAGCGAAGAGUUAGCGCUGCACUGCUUCGACUCGUAGUCAACACGUUUUCAGAUUACUCAGAACCAUUGAAACGACUUAUUUUGGCGAUUGAUGAGGAAAAAUGUAAUGUUUUAUCGAGGAAGCCUUCAGAUCUGGACGAGAUUGUCGACAACUUUGAUCGUCAUUCGGAUUGUAUACAGCACAUAGCAUUGUUCGCUUUGGCGUGUUCCGAAUAUUCGAAAAAUGUGUUGAAAGUUCGGUGCUGCCUGGCAAGUGUGGAGUCUUUGGAGGACAGCCUGGUGCCGGCAGCGAUGGCCCUCUACAUGGACCCCAAGCAUCCGGGCAAGCGACUUCUGCUCAAGUUCCUCGUCUCGGUGUGGCUCGACGAAGUCAGGUCGCUGGAAGAGUGCCUCGAUUGUAUCAUCGAUCCUGUUGCCUUCACUGCUGUAACAUUGGAAAGCAUUGAGACUUUAUCUGAAGAAGUAGUUACAGAAAGCAAUAGAAACGCUCAGCCACUGAUUGCAAUUGUGUUGCGAACGAACCGUUUGUACCGGCAUCUGAACACAAAUUCAAUAGAAAAAGAGAGGAAACUAAGUGCAAUAUUGACAGAAUGUAAGAUAGCUUUGGAUGCUUGGCUGAAAAAUGGUGUCGAUCGGCACGGUCAGCCUGUGACCUUGAAAAGGGUCAAAUCGCGAUUCAAUCUGCUGCUUCACACUGUAAAAACAAUAUCGGCCGAAUUGUCAGCCGACUUGGCCAGAAACAACGAUUCUUACCAGAAUACGUCAGCUCUUUUGAAAGAUAUGUCUUUCCCGGAUUCUAUAAGAGAUUUACCGCUAGACAUAUCCAGUUCAGUUUCUUUAAGAUCUCGAAAAAUUGGCGAAGCAGAUAUGCUGCAAAAGCUCUGUUUUGCAAACUUCAACAAAUUACGAAGCGUGAAGAAAUCGGAAAAACCGGACGUCGUUUUGUUAGAUGCCUACAAGCUGAAAGCUGCUGAGAAGUGUUUACUGGCAAACACACUUUAUGCUCCCAGUCCACGACGUGUAAAGCAUACACCGAUCACCGCCUUGAGAAAGCCAUCCAAUCAGCAAUUCCAACUUACUAUGGGACUUGAUUUGACAGGCAUUCUCGAACAAUUUGCAGAUAUUUCGCAGGCUACCUUAUCGACUAUAGAUCACUGCACACGUUCAGAAUCAUCAAUGAAGAAUUUUGUAAUUGAAAUAGAAGACGAAAAUUCAGUUUCUCGCGUUCCUGCUAGCAGAUGUGAGCUUGAAUUGGAAAAUGACGAAUCGUUUUUCCCCGAUUUAUCUGGAAUUCGACAGCUUGAGAACAGCCUGAGUAAACUUACAAUGGACAGUAUGUUUGGAGGAAGGUCUGAUGGUUCCUCAGUUAUAACAUUGGACAGAUUGAAUGAUCUCAAAAAGGUUGAAGAACGAAUUGAGUAUCUCAAACAAAUUGCCAACUCUUAAGACAACCAAGUUUCAACAUUUACCACUAGUUACAUAAUUAGGUUUACAGACCAUUAAUCUCAAACCAUUAUCACAUAAAUCGAAAAUUUGAUCAUCUAUACGAUUGUAUGGUGUGAAAAGGUGAUAGACCUGAUCGAGUAUUUGGAAAAUUAGUCAACUUCUAAUGUAUAUAAAUUUUCUGCAAGUGUUUCUGACUAUCAAUAUUGAUUUAAGACUGAAUGUAGGUUGAAUACAUUCAAUUCAUUGAAUUACAGUAUUACCGUAAGUAGGAUACUUUUGCAGUAGUAUUUUGGUACAUUUUUAUUAGAAUUUAGAUUUGUAUUCUACUGUCCUAUUGGCUGUAUUAGUAAAUAUAAGAAACAAAUCUAUUUAUUAUGGAAUAUUUGAGGUAAAUUGAAAGACAAUAUCCAAUGUAAAACUUACUCGUAUACUUAAUGACCAAGAAUAAAAAACCCAUAACGAAUAAUAAUAUGUGGGCUAUUCAGAAAGUAGAUUACGUUUUUGGAUAAAAAAAUUUAAGUACAGAAUUUUUUUUAUUUACAUUUGAAAGAGGAACUAAAAUACUAUUUUUCGACAUAAUCGCCAAACAAAUUUAGAUAUUUGUCAUAUCGGUGAACUAGCUUUGAAAUUCCCGUGUCCGUGUCGAAGAAUUCCGCCGCCUGUGACGCCAGCCAGUCAGACACGCCCGCGCGGAGAUCUGCGUCGUCAUCGAAGCGCUGUGUUGCAAGCCAAGUCUUCAUCUUCGGGAAUAAGUGGAAAUCACUAGGUGCCAGGUCCGGACUCUAGGGUAGAUCAGGGAAAAUCUUCCAAUUAUUUCAUUGACAUUUGCAACCAGCUCAUCACUCACGCAAUGCUCGGUCUGCCACUCUUCUCUUCGUCAUGAACAUUACUUUGUCCAUUUUUAAAUCUAAUGCACCAUUGGCGAACUCCACCUUCACUGAUUACGUUGUUUCCGUAAACUUCACAAACUUGCCGAUAAAUUUCAAUCGGUUUAUGGUUUUUGCUAACAAAAACCUUAUAACUGAUCGCACCUCACAACUGGCGGGAUUUUCGAUUGCAGCGCACAUUUCAAAAGGCUAUUGUGACGAAACGAGCAGCACGGCCGACCUCUCUCUAGCACGGCUGGGUGCCGACUGACCUGCGGAACGCCCAGACACCAAAAUGGCCGCGCUCGCACCACCCACCGCCGCUACAUAUAAAAACCUAAUCUACUUUCUGAAUAGCUCACUAUUUCCUAUAAUCAAGACUAUUGAAGGAAGGCAACUUUUUGGCUUCAUUCUAAGUAUAGCAAUGGAAGAAUUUGAUCAGUUUUCCUGGCCUUCAUCGUUACUGUCGCCAAACGAAUUAUUUAUUUUGGGCAAUCGUCCAAAUGCGUCUUCACUUCUAGUGAAAAACACACUCAACCGGUUUUCUUAGAAAAAAAGAUGGAAAUACGCUUCUUGGACAGGUAACUUGUAUCCAAAGAUCACUCCUGUUUCCAAGUCCGUUGGUAGAGGAUCACUAUCGAAUUCCGAAGAUAUCAUUCCAUGUUUUCAAAGCAAUUGAAUCUGUUUAUGUGUCGAUGAAUUGGUUCGACUAUCAGCCAGCUAAUAGGUUUCUCCCGACCGUUAGGUUGGAUAAAAAUUUAUGCACUAGGAAGGGAAGCAGACUUGGAAACGCGGGUAACCAUCUGGAACUACAGGUUCUGACACUCAUUCACAACGUGCCAUAAACGAGCAACAUUGGACCGUAGUUGAUUCUUCAGUAGUGACAAGUCUAUCUAGCUUAGCCUACUAACAACAUAAUUAUCAAAAUGGUGUAUGGAAGUGUAAUGUCUGUUGCUUCAGCAAAAGGAACCAGCGAUCCAAGCUCAACAAGGAAAAGCUGUUUCGAUGUGGGUGCCAGCACUAAGCCACACACAAAAUGCGAGGACAAGAAAUCGUCUUCACAGUAUGCUGCUUGGGGACCAGUUUUUAAAAACAAAGACAACUUUGUUAAUAUGCACUUUUGUUGAGCCACUACUUAUAGUAUUGGUCAAUUUGCAAGAAUGUUCAAGUUAUGAAUCACUAACAUUAUUACUUAGAACUUUUUACUAACUCAUCUUUCUCCACUUUUUCAAACUAUAAUAAAUACUGUAAUCAGAA